AUGAUGGAUGAACUGGUGCAGGACCUGGUAUCUGCACUGGAGCAGGCCUCAGAGCAGAGCAAGCUGGGGGAGCUGUGGGAGGAGAUGGUCCUGAAUCCACUGCAGCAUCGGCGGCAGAUCCGACGCCGCCGAUGCCGUAAGCGCUUCCGCGAGUCCUCCCUCUACCCAAUGGCGCGCAGGCGAUGCUGGAUCGAGGCCUCGGAGUCCAGCUUGGAUGAAGCUAAUGAAUACAGGGCGGCCUCAUCGUCCACCUUCGCCGCGACUGUUGGCAACUGCAGUGACUCUGAUGACAUGACCGCCACUGAGCACUGGUCAUCCCUCGUGCGAAGCCCAGUCAGGACCAGGCAGUCCUCUUGGCCAGAAUCUGACUCAUUCACUGAAAAUAACCCUGGACGUCCGCUCAGGAGGAGAAGGAAGGUCAAGCGUAUGUCCUCAGACGUGACAGUCAGACUCCAGCAAAAGUUAAAAGUUCCCAGCGUGGAUGGGAAGCAGAGGCGCAGGCCAUCUAGGGUGCAGCGUCUUCCGGGAUCGAAGAUGAGCUCCAGCAGCUGGAUGGAGAGAGAGAGACAGGCUGAGGGAGGCAGACUGAUGGGAAAGGAGUGCUGGAAGAGGAAGAUGGCAAAGGAACGCAGGGAUCGCGUGGAUGAGAACAUGUCUGAGGGGGAAACCAGCAGCACCUGCAGCAGUGACCCUGGACUAUUCACCAAUGAUGAAGGAAGACAAGGUGAUGAUGAGCAGAGCGACUGGUUCUUUGAAGGUGACUGUGGAGUUGGAACGGGUGUGGCCGGACUGCUGCCAAACUGGGACUCCGACAGCCCCCUCUCUCUUGAGGAAAGACACGCCUCCCCCAGCUUCCUGCAAACAGCUCAACUCUCUGACAGAGGGUAUCACUCACGUCUUAAACGACUCCCUGGCUCUACCGCCUGCUGCAUCAGAAGGGACAGGAGGCGGCUUUCCAGGAAGGCCAACAACAUGCCAGUAUUUGUUGAAAGACUGCGACACUUUUCCCAAGAUCAUUACCAGAGAGAGUUCUGGUUGCCCUCUGUUGGAAAACGAGACCGAAGCCAGUUAAACCAUUUGUGCCCAUUACCAGUGUGUCCUAUGGACAUGAUGUCAGAGAACUCACAUCUCCGCUGUUCAUCCUCCGUCUUCAGAAACAGGCGCACUAAUUUCACUCCAGGACUGGUGGGCUCUACAGACAUCAGGAGAAGAAGGGAAACAGAGGCUGUACCCACGACAGCAGCUGGCACCCCGUUUCAAACAGAUCAGCAGAGAGAAGAGGCAAAAGGAGGAACCAGUAACCCAGCGAUCCCAGAGGAACCCCAGAGUCCAUCCUUUCUCCUGGGGAACUAUGAGGACGCCAAUCACCUGACAAAGGCACCUAGG